AUGGAUAAUGUUUUCCUAUCGUUGGCUGGGAACCAUUCACUAAUGGAAAAUGGAGGAUUUCCAGUCAUGGUUCAAAAUCCACAUUUUGCUUCAUGGACUCAACUUUCUGCUCAAACAGCAGCAGCAGCAGCUGGUAAUGCAGCGGCUGCUGUAGCUGCUGCAGCAGCAGUGCAUCCAGGCGCAGCAGCAGCUUCAUUUCAAUUCCCUAAUGCUACUGCAUCACUUCAACAACAGCAGGUAUCUGACUCCUCCUCCUCCUCUUCGUCAACAUCGUCAUCAUCAGCAGCCGCUGUUGCCAACUCCACGCGUGGUAAUUCUGUUGUUAGUGUAGACAAUUCAGUUACAGUCACAAAUGCAAGUAAUGCCUUUCCACUUGGUUUACAACCUUCAGUAUCUUUAACUUUACAACAUUCUUCUAUUCUUCCUACACAGUCACAACACCAACAACAGCAACAACAACAGUUACAUCAACAACAGUUACAACUGCAGCAACAACAACAACAACAGCACCAGUUGCAGUUACAACAGCAAAUCCAAUUGCAACAGCAACAAUUUAGGCAACAACAGCACUCACUACAGCAGCAGCAGCAACAACAACAACAGACUAGACUUUCAACGCCACAUUCUCAACAACAACAGCAACAGUUACAUCAACAUUUACAGCAGCGACAGCUUGCGCUUGCACAACAGCAGCAACAAGUGAAUCUUCAGACUGGCAACACGACUACCAAUACAAAUCAGCUGUUAUCCACCUCAUCAAUUGUUCCAAAUACUUCUGGUUUUAUGCAAAGUCCACCAGGAAUAAACCUUCAAACAACACUUCCUAAUCAAUCUGGCAUUGGGACAUCAUCUGUACUCAAUACUGGUAAUUUCCCGUCAUUCACUACAACUAAUGCUCCAGUGAAACAAAAGCGAAAAUCUAAAGCUAUCAAAAAAUCACAUGUUGAUGGUGUAUCUAACACAACAAUGACAUCGAAUACAGUUGUUCUUCCGACAUGCAAUAGUAGUAGUAGUAGUGGUAGUCUAUCGAGUAGUACAAUGUGUUCUACGAUGUCUCCUUCGUUUAGUUUAAUUUCAAUGAAUGGUAAUGUAUCCACAACAACAACAAUAACAACAACGACAACAGCAGCAGCAAUAACACAAACAAUAACACCGACAAGUCAAACAAAUUCUAUAUCCUCUAAUCCAGUUCUCAAUGAAUCGUGCAGUUCACCCUUAUCCUCAGUACUCUCUCCAUUACCAACUCUUCCGGAGGAAAUAUUGUUAAAAAUUGAUCCUUCCUUAGGUGAUCCACCACCUCCACCACAUGCAGAUAUAACCAUUAUAAAACCAUAUCAAUGUGAUCAAUGCUUUAAACGGUAUUCAGGUAUGAAAUCAUUGAAAAAUCAUAAACUAACACAUUCUGAUAUACGACCGCAUAAAUGUUCUAUAUGCGGUAAAGCAUUUCUUAGAGCGGAUAAAAUGCGUCUUCAUGAAAUCUCUCAUUUAAAUUUAAAACCAUUUGAAUGCACUACAUGUAAGCAAAGAUUUACACGUUCAGAUAAACUGAAAAUUCAUCAUCGUACGCAUACAGGUGUACGUCCAUAUGCAUGUACAUUUUGCCCUAAACGAUUUACUAGAUCAGAUAAGCUGAAAAUUCACGAACGUAUACAUACAAAAGUUAAACCCUAUGAAUGUUCACAUUGUGGUAAGUGUUUUGCACGAUCGGAUAAACGUAGACUACAUGAAAAAACGCAUAUGUAUGGACCUCGACCUCGUGCUGCUACAAAUACUGGUGGUGGUAAGAAAUCGAAGACUGCAAAUAAUGCUACAGCUAAUGCUGAAGCAGCGGCGGCUGCAGCUGCUGCAGCAGUUGUUGCCGCAGCUUCUGCAGCCUCCUUUCUGACAGUGAAUUCAAUCGGAAAAACUCUUGGUCUCCCAUUGACUGUUGCUGCUGCUACACCAUCGGUUAGUGGGAAUAAUAAUACUAAUAAUCCAUCGUCAGCCGCCGCCGCCGGUGUAUUCGAUUUUACUUCUAUUACAAAUGUUUGUCCAACAACUGGUCAAAAUACUAUAUGCUUUCCAUCCUAUCAUAAUGUGAAUUCAUCAUCUACAGGCAGUAGUGAGAAAACCGCUGAUAAUCAACAACUUUCAGCAUCUUUGUCAACAAUUACUUUUCCUCUGCCUACUUGUCAACAAUUGCAUUUACCAUCACAGCAUCAUUCAACGUUAGCCUCGCUGGCUGGUAUUGCACAAUAUCAUCCAGCACUAUUCUCAGCUCAUCCACGUCAAUUUUCACAGGUUGCAACAGCAGCAAACUCGGUUUCUUUUUAUCCAACAAAUCAUCAAACUAACUCUAUGAGUGGAUUUACUACAAGUAAUUCAGCAGCAGGAGCAGCAUCCUAUCCUUCGCAUGCACAGGUGAUGCCAUUUCUGGUGAAUUCUACAAAUACAGCCGCAUCAUCACCUGCUAUCUCUUUCUCCUUGGGCUCAUCGAAUACAGUGUCUGAAAAUAGUGCAUGUUCUGUGGCUAAUACUUCUUCUAAUAUAUAUCAAAAUGCUUCAAAUCAGAAAAUGGGAAAUUCUGUAGUUUCAUUUCCAGUUAGUAGUAGUAAUAGUAAUAGUAGUAGUAGUACGCCUAGUGGUGCUCCUGGUGGUGGUGGUGGUGGUGGUGUAACACAAAGAUCAGAAGUAUCAUCAUCAGGAGUUGAUUCUGUCUCUGCGAAUAGUCUGUCUACUUCAGUGUCGAAUACUAAUAUUGCUGCUGUGAUGGCUGCUGCAGCAUUAGGUCGACAAUUUCAUCAAAAUCAACAACAACAGCAACAACAACAAUAUCCACAAGUUGUUGCCUAUCCUGGUUCACAACAAAUGUCUGCUUUCAUUCAUCAUCAGCAACAACGUCAGCAACAACAACAACAACCUCAGAAUAGUCAACAAUCACAAGAAACUUCACAACAACAACAGCCACAGUCAGCACAGUUUGUUCACCAUCAGACACAACAGUCGAAACAACUUCAAUCACAACAGCAUCCUUCUCAGCAGCAGCAACAACAACAGUCUAGACCUCAGUUCCAGUUUUAUCAGCCACAAUUUGCGCAUCAAUUUCAGCAUCAAACUAACCAACUGCAACAAGAUCAUCAACAUCAAAUGUUACAGCAUCAACAACAAGUUAUACAACUACACCAACAACUUCAACAACAACACCAACAGCAGCAAGCUCAGCAGCAGCAACAACAACAACAAGCUCAACAACAGCAACAACAAGCCCAACAACAGCAACAACAAGCCCAACAACAGCUGAUGCAACAACAUUCUGCUGCUAUGCUUCAACAACAAGGUCUUAUUUCACCUGCACAUUCUGGUGCAUCAGUAGCUGCAUUUAGUUUAUUCCCUCAAGCUGCUGCUCAAUUUAUCCCUGGUGUAGUACCGGCACAGUAUGCUGCUGCUGCCGCGGCAGCAGCUCAUUCAACACAUCAACAGUAUAUGCAAGUUCAACAGCAACAACAACAACAGUAUUUAGCGGCGGCUGCUGUUGCAGCUGCUGCCUCCUCUGGACCAAUUCAUUCACUGACACUUGCAUCUCAGCAUCAGUCGAGCAGUACAACAGCAACGCCAACAACAUCAACGUCUACUUCUUCUACAAGUGGUUCUGCGGUUGCUUGA